ACGAGCGAAAGUUAGAAAAAGUUUACUGUAAACUGUUUGCUAAAACCAAAACUUUUAAUUAAAUCAAAAGGUAUUUUUAAUAUUUCUAAUUCUCUAUAUUGGGUAAAUUUUAUCAUAUUCAUUCGAUUUUCGCCCAGUGAUAACAUCUUUUAGGGCAUAGACUGUUUCGACGUUGCAGUUGUUGUGGAUGAUACAUGGAUGAUACAUCAUAGAAUUUAACCCGGCGUGAAUGAUGUGAAAUUACACCAGCUAUGAGCUCAUCAAUUGUGACAUACAACAUUAAAACCCAGGAUUAAUUAGAAUGACUUUGAACUUAAUAGAACGGUGAAAAUCAACUAGAAGCAUCAUGCCACCUCGAACUAGAGGAGUCAAAGCUUUGAAAGAAAACAUAACUGUGUCGAGUAAAAAGAAGAAUGUUAUCGUUAAAUCAAAUCGAAAACCUUUAGCGGACAAAACUAACUCGGCUUCCGAUGACAACAAUUCAGGUUUAAUUUCUAUCAAAGAAAAUACAAAUGUAGCUCAAAGGACACCAGAAUCGGUAAAGGAAAGAUCAUGUCGUAAUAGAAGACUCCCAACACGGUACAAGGAGAACAAUACUUUGAAGAACUUAUCAAACUUCAGUCCCGUAACUCCCUCAAGUCCUAAAAAUGCCAGUUCACAUUCACAACAAAAAACUACUUCUGAAACAAGAGCAACCAAGUUGACACCUCAUAAGACACCAUCAAGAAUCUCAAGCAGCCCUCUGAUUAGUAAAAGGCCUAAAAGAAUUUGUCGCUUACCUAGCAAAUUUGAUGCCCAAUCUGUAAGCCCAUUGAAAAACACAUCUAUAGAACCUUCCCAUGCGAGUACUCCAAUAGCUAACAAAUCUAAGAAGAUCAAUGUGGUUAAAAGUGUUAAGCCACAGACAAAAAAUUCAAAUAACAAACAAAGUAAAAAAGAAACUAUUUGCAUAAGUGGCACGAGGAUUCAUACUGGGGCGACUACAUCUGCUAUUAAUAAAGUCAGAUCACCAGCUUCAAAUAAUGUAUCUGUUGAGGCCAAAAAUGCAAAACAAGCUAUUAUUAAGAAAAAAUGUGAAACAAAUGAAACUAAACCAACAGUACCAGCAAGGAGCUUAAGACCAAAAGUUGCUAAGAACAACUUGGAAGCAAAUGUGGAAGAUAUAAUUUUAAAAUCAGUAACAACUACUAAUAACAAAUCUGAUUGUGACAAAAAUCCAAGAAACAAUGUUUCUUUUAGAUUAUUGGAAAACAGAAAGGAUUCUCUUAAGCGAGAUUCUAGCAAACUGGAUGUUUAUGAAUUUACUUUUGAUCCAAGCGAGGAACCACCACCACAAAAGAAGAAAAAGAAAAGAAACCCUAGAAAUCCUAGUAAACCUAAAAAAGUUGUAAAAAGUACUUAUGACAAAAAUUUGGAGAAAGCAUUAGCUUCUUUGAAACAAAAUGUUGCUCUUAAAAAUAAAGCCCUAACGAAAGUUGAAGAAGGUACAACAUCUAAGAAAGUAACUGCAAAGUCUGAUGAAUGCACCAGAAAAUUAAUACCAAACACAUCAAAUACUAAUACUGUAAAUAAUGUCAGUAAAGCUUCUGAAAAUAGAUACAAUUCUAUAAGAAUAGAAGAUAUUGCAAUGCAAUUUCAAGAUAACACUCAACAUGAGAGUGUAGAACUCAAUUACUCACCUGUUGACACUCCAAUGCAUGCAAUGUCACCAGUAUAUGAAACUGAUGGAGUUGUGGAAAAUGCUCCACCAAGUAAUCAUUCCAUUGAUCAUCAUGCACACAACAAAACUCCUGAAGGACAGAUAGGCAACAAAGAUCCACUCAAUUUACAAGACCACAUUAGUUUCUUUGAUGAGGAGCCUGUUGCUAGCAGCAGCAUGAACCUCUCUACUAGGCAUCCCACUGCCAGCCCCUGGAGAGUUGAGUUCAAUAAUCUUCCGAUUAAGUGGCAAGUGAACUCAUAUGUCAAGCCAAAUAUGACCCCAGCCAUUGAAAGGUCCUUUAUUAACUAUAAUGACAGUCAGAAGAAGCAUGUUUAUACAAAUAUAAUCACAGAACCAAAUGAAUCUCUACCUCAAAUAGAAGAUGACCCUGUACCUCAAACUUCCAAUUUAAAACAGACCAGUAUACUGUCAUUCAUCAAGGAAGUGGUGGAAAAAAAUGCAAACAAAAAGAAAAAGCCUCUUAUUAUCCAAACUAAUAGUUUGUUUGAAGAUACCCAUGUUCCAGAGGUACCAUCCAGAAGGAACAAAAACAUUCCUGAUGUUAUUGUUGAGAAAUCAAACACUUCUGGUGAAGAUAUGCAGACAGAUAACUCAGAACAUAAAGAUAGUUCAUGUGAUUCUGAAAAAGUGACUACAGAGAAGCAAUCAGAAAAAAACAAAGAUAUAACUUACUUUGGUUUUGAUGAAAGCGAAAAUCAAGAAAAUGUAUCACCAGUGAAGACCAAAAUCAAAAAGAAAAAGAUGAAAACAAGGAAAGCUCUUCAAGCUAUUAAUGGCGAUCUUAACAAACCUAAAGAUAUUGGGAUGCCGAUCGCUGCUAUGUCAAAGCCUGCCCGUCUUCCAAACUAUUUGGACAAAGUCUUUGAUGACGCAAAGGCUGCGACUGAGCCACCUGUGUUCCCGGAACAACAUGUUGAUAAGGAUACUGAAGUGACUAAUAUUAACACUGAUACAGUGCAGGGUAAUAUUAAUGAUGAAGAUUCCAACUCUGUUCAUCUUUUUGAAGAUAUUGAACUUGUUCACCAUGUAAAGCCUACAAGAAAAAGCUAUGGGAAGUCUAAGAAGGUAACAUUCCAGCAUAGUUUAACAGUGAACAAUUUCAACAGUGACAAUCUUAACAAUGGGUCCAGUGAUGAGGAUGACCUGGAAGACUUGUCAUUUAAACUCCCAUCCAUAAAAGAAAAGAAACCCACAAAGAAAAAGACAAAUACAAAACAAAAACUAUCAAAGAAAGAGGAGAAAGAAGCAGAAGAAUGGGCAGCAGGAUUCAACUCCAUGUGUGAGGACAUUGAUGAAUUUGAUCUUGUUGUUGAGUAAUUGCUACUUCAACAUGCCAAUCACAAAAAUUAUGCUCAAUCUUCAUUCAAUUUAAUCUUAAUUUAAACAAAAAUGUAAAUUUAUACGUGGGAGAGCUAUGCA